AUGGCGUCAGUUGUCAUAAUAUUAUUGCUCUUAACAGUUCCUUCAUCAUUAUCAUUGCAGGAUCCAACAAAAGGAAAAUGGAAGCUUUUGAAGAAGAGCAUUGGUGUUUCCGCCAUGCAUAUGGCACUCUUACCGAAUGAUCGUAUCAUCACCUUUGAUCGAACAGAUUUCGGACCUUCAAACAUCACCUUUCCAGCAGAGAAAUGUCCUCCCAUUCUGGAUUGUUACGCGCAUUCCGUUGAAUUCUAUCCUUCAAAACGUGGGGUUCGUCCACUCACCAUUUUGUCCGACACCUGGUGUUCUUCCGGUUCCUUGUUGCCCGACGGUGUUUUGAUUCAGUCCGGUGGGAAUAACGACGGCGAAAGGGUUAUUCGAACGAUUAGUCCUUGUGAAGACUGUGAUUGGGUCGAGACUCGAAAUGCGUUGGUUUCCCCGAGAUGGUAUGCUUCAAACCAGUUGUUGCCGGACGGAAAAGUGAUCAUUGUCGGAGGUAGACGGCAGUUUACUUAUGAAUUCAUUCCAAAAAGCUCGAAUUCAGGUAAAGAUUUCAAAGAAUUCCAACUUCCAUUUCUUGAAGAAACGUUAAGAUCCGACCAGUUCCAAAACAAUCUCUACCCGUUUAUCCAUCUCAACCCCGAUGGAAACCUCUUCAUUUUCGCCAACGAUCGUGCAAUAUUACUUGAUUACGUUCACAACAAGGUGGUAAGGAAGUAUCCGGUGAUACCCGGUGGAGUAUCUCGUAACUAUCCGAGCACUGGUUCAUCUGUUUUGCUUCCAUUGAAUCUUUCCGGUAGCACCAAAACCAGUCCUCCGGUGGCGGAGGUUUUUGUUUGCGGUGGAACAGUCCCGGACGCCGUUGAUCAAGCUAUUGGUAAUGAAUUUGUGCCGGCGACGAAGAGCUGUGGACGGCUGAGAUUAAACGAUGAUGAUCCACAAUGGGAAAUGACAAAAAUGCCGAUCAGACGAAUAAUGGGGGACAUGUUAUUGUUACCAACAGGUGAGGUUUUGAUUAUAAACGGCGCUGCAAGUGGCGCCGCCGGGUGGGAUAUGGCGAGAGAACCUGUACUUCACCCUGUUUUAUACGAACCUUUUUCAAGAAAAUUCAACACCAUGAACCCAACGACGAUUCCCCGGAUGUAUCAUUCUAGUGCUCAUUUGCUCUCAGAUGGCCGUGUUAUCGUCGGCGGGAGUAAUCCGAACGCCAACUAUAAUUUCUCGGCGAUGUUCCCGACGGAGCUUAGUGUCGAAGCUUUCUAUCCGCCAUAUUUACUCGGCCCAAAAUUACGACCCAACAUCACCGGAAUUAAACCGGGAGUGAAUCUGGUUUACGAACAGAAAAUUGCGGUUAAUUUCCGGUGGAGGGGAAAUGGGAAGGAGUUGGAAAGUGGAAAGGUGUACGUGACUAUGGUGGCGCCGUCGUUUACUACUCAUUCUUUUUCCAUGAACCAAAGGGUGUUGAUUUUGGAGAUGGCGGAGAUACGGCGGAGAUUUACCGAGAAUUAUGUAGUGGUGUGUUCAGUACCGGCGACGGCUGAGGUGGCGCCACCAGGGUAUUACCAGUUGUCGGUUGUAUAUGAUGGAAUUCCCAGUAGAACUAAUUGGGUACAUAUUAGUGGUUAA